AUGUUAAUACCAACCAGCGCGAUCGUUUUAUGGUACUGUUGCUACGGACUGCUGAUCCCCAGACAGAUGUUGCGCCAUCAGGGUCUCCUCAAGUGCCGCUGCCGCAUGUUGUUCAAUGACCUGAAGUUCUUCCUCCUGCGGAGACCCCCUGCGCCCCCUCCGCCCUCGCCACCACCUCUCCUUCCCAUGAACAGUGGAGACCAAACCUUGAGUUUGCAGGCUUCCAAUAACAACACGCUGACCACACUCUAUGGAGGGCGAAGGGGACCUUGGAGAGUGCCGGCUGCCGGGGGUGGUGGCGGAGGCGGAGGAGUGGGGGCAACAAGCCCUCAAGAAGAAGAGUGGGGAAAUCCUGGAGAGGAAGAGCAGCCCGUGCUUAUGAUGAGCAGCGCCUCCUCCGAGGACUUGUGUAAAGGGAAAGCCGAGGAUCGGUAUUCGCUGGGGAGCAGCUUGGAUAGUGGAAUGAGGACCCCUCUCUGCAGGAUCUGCUUUCAGGGCCCAGAGCAGGGUGAGUUGCUUAGUCCAUGUCGGUGCGAUGGGUCAGUGAAAUGUACACAUCAACCUUGUCUGAUCAAAUGGAUCAGUGAGAGGGGAUGCUGGAGUUGUGAGCUGUGUUACUACAAAUAUCACGUCAUUGCCAUAAGCACAAAGAACCCCCUGCAGUGGCAAGCCAUUUCUCUGACGGUCAUUGAAAAAGUUCAGAUAGCGGCAGCCAUUUUGGGUUCCCUCUUCCUUAUCGCCAGUAUCUCGUGGCUCAUCUGGUCAACCUUCAGUCCUUCUGCUAAGUGGCAACGCCAAGACUUGCUCUUCCAGAUCUGCUAUGGAAUGUACGGCUUCAUGGACAUUGUCUGUAUAGGUCUAAUAAUCCACGAAGGGCCCUCAGUUUACCGGAUAUUUAAACGGUGGCAAGCAGUCAAUCAACAGUGGAAGGUGCUGAACUAUGACAAAACAAAAGACUUGGAGGAUCAAAAAACAGGGACCAGGACCAACCAACGAACCUCCUCUCAGACUAACCAUUCAUCCUCCACUGGUGGUGGUGCUAGCAAUUCUGCUCCAGCCGACAGUGUGGCUCAGGGAGGAGCUAGUCACACCACGGGCACCUUGUCUGACCACCACUGUGCUUAUACCAUCUUGCAUAUACUCAGCCAUCUGAGGCCUCACGAACAGAGAAGCCACUCUAGCACAAACAGAGAGCUCGUCAUGAGAGUCACAACUGUCUGAGGAAAGGGAUUCAGGAGGCCUUAAUGCAACGUGGUCUGGGAGAGGAACUCAAAAGCAGAGGGGGCAUGGUGUGCCUUCCCCUGCCCCCCGGUCCUCUGCCACUGCACAAGGAGCACAAGAGGCCCUUGGCCAGCCAAGGAUGGUGGAGAAGGCAGAGCCGCACACACACACCUGCCAAGAAGCGGCUGAAGAAGUUUUGCAGUCACUAGAAAGUACAACAAAACAAGUGCAAUACAAAACUACAAAAACUGAACUAGGGCUUGUGGGGGGAACUUAGAGGUACAGCUGGUCUUAUUAGAAGGGAAUGGGCAAGAUUUUAAACACCCACACAAACACAUGUGCAUUGAAGAGAUAGAAAGGGGAGAGAAAGAAUGAAAGAGCCAAUAUUUUUAAAAAAUGUAUUAACCGGGGGUUCAAGUAUUUGAAUGCAUAAUUUAUUCCGUGGACCUAUGCUAUUUUGUGUGGCUGCAGGGUGUUCAGGCUGAAAUGGCAGUCAGUUUAUUGCUACUGUUAUUUUAUAAAAGUAAAACUCCGCCCAUUUUUUACUAUACAGCUCAUACAAAUUCCUGAAUGAUUUAGCUCCCUCUUCAAACACUACCAUUUUUAGAUGUUUUUGAGGGAGUCCACUGGAAGGGUGAGGGCAAGCUUCAUUUGAGCCACAAGCAUUUGUAUAAAUCAAUGUCCAAAGCACAAGUCACUGUGAUGGAUGAUUUAUGUCAGUUUGAUGUUUUGGACCACAACUCCCAUCAGUCCCAAUCAACAUUGCUGUGCUGGCUUGGGCUGAUGGGAAUUGUAAUCCAAAACAUCUGGAGGGCACCAGGUUGGGGAAGAUUUAUUUAUGCCAUGCAUCAUUGAAAGAACUACUUCAUUCAUAGACACUGUGUCUUAUUUGCAGAUUUUUCAAAAUGAGAUUGUCCCCUAUUAGAUUUCCCACUUGACUUUUCCACCUCAUUCUCCAAAGCCAGUUCUUUUUUUCUCUGUAUCAAUGAUUUAUCAUAAAUCCAUAUGAUUUUAUUGCUUUUAAAUCUACUUCCUGUAAUCUAGCUGCUCUUGGUUUUGCAGGCAGUCAUGUUGUUUUACAAAGCAGUCUCCUUCAAGUAGUUAUUAAGCCACGAACUUUGCCCUCAAGUCAAAAUGAAGUCCCAGAUCUAAUCCUCACUGUGAACUUGGGCUCCGAUCCUAUGCACACUUUCUUGGAAGUAAGUCCCAUUAAAGACAGUGAGAUUUACUUCUGAGUAAACAUGUAUAGGUGGUUUAAUGGUUCCCUCUCUGCAAGGAAGUCUAGGAACUGUACUGAUGUGAGUUGGGCUAGAGAUUGCUAAGAGAGACCUCUCAUCACCCUCAUCAAACUACAGUUACCAGGAUUCUUUGGGAGAAGCUACAUGUGUUUAUAGUCUCCCCCCUGAAUAAAUUUUAGAAUACACUCCCUUUUCUAUUAGUACUUUCACAAGUACCACUAAAUACUGAAGUAUCCCAGGUAAAGCUGCUUUAUGUUACUGUGAAUGAUGAUUAUGAUUAUCCAAUCCACACAAGUAGGCAUAUCCACCAGUUUUGCAUACAUUAAAGCCAACUGAUGAAUGCUUUGACAUCUACCUAGACUGUGACUCACAACAUCCUGAACAAGUCUAUAAAGU